CAUCAGGCGAUCGUGCACAUCGCCGGAAAUUUGGUGCCUUUUUGUACGUAACUUGUUCUCGCGCGAAAGUAAUCGACCCGGUCGUACUUGAGCCCAACAGCCCAAUUACAAUUACUGCGGCAUGGCUUCCUCAUCGACAGCCCGCAAAAAAGAGACGAACGACGAAACGUCGCGCGGGACAGAAAGUCUGAUGGGGUCAUCCUCAGACCCAACUUCCUCAUCCAAGUCGUCCCGCAAACUCCACACUUUGGGAUUGCUCAACGAAACUGGCGACGAAUACCUCCCAGCCGUGGUCGACAGCGCCGGAGAGAAUAAAGUACAGCCCCAUGGACAGCUCUGCGGCGGACGAGCGUAUCGGCUUCGGACCUUUACCCUGCCGACCAGGGGCGACAGGCUUUUUAUGACUGGAACUGAGUGCGCUAGAGUUUUGGGCUAUCCCGACACCUACUCGCUCUUUCACAACAACCCGACAUUAUACGAACUGUUAGCGACACAGGAGGAGAAAGACUACUUGGUCGGACAGGAAAUAAUUUCGUCAUCGUACGACGCCACGCAAAUCGCAUUUGUGACCGCCAAGUCCGUAUAUCGCUGUUUCGACAGUCGGGUCAUUCAGGAUGGACGCCGAGUUCACGACGACUACUGGGAAGCGCAAGCGAUUGAGAAAGGGUACUCCAUGCUCAAAGAAGACGCAUCACCGCGCUCAAGGACGGAGAGCUUACCAAAGCAAGUCAUUGGGAAAAAAUCCUUGAAAACCCGAAUAUUUCAACGGCAUGCGCAGCGAAUAGCACAGAUUCUCAUUGAGGAAACCGGUGUGACAAAAUGGGGCGAAUGGGCCGUUCUGAGAGAGCCCAGAGACAGAUUGGUGGCAAGAAUGGACGGUCUACUCAGGAAUUACGGCGCAGACCUGCUGAAUCCCGACUCGGAGCUAGUCGAGGCGGUUAAGAUGUCAAAUCUGUUGCGGGAUUGGGCGACAUACACGGCCAACCACUUCUGGGCAAUGGCGACGACAUCACUCUCUGGCGAAACAACGUCCACCGUCCUACAAGCUGGUGGUUGGCCAUCGGCUGUGAGAUCUGCCCUUGAGUCUUCAAAGACGUUGAGCCAGAUGACCGAUGGUGAAGAGCUCAUGGAGACGUUGUACAGCAGAAAACUCCCCCGGAUUCCCGGAUUCGAGUCGACCAAGGAGUUUGCACGCUUGAAAGAUUGGAAGCCAUUGGCCUUUCUUCGAUGGCAAUUUGGAACCGAGGACGUGCGGCUGGGAUCCGUCGUCACAAUCACUGGCUCUGCCCUCUACGCGCAUGCCGCGACAGCAUCUACUUAUAUGCGCAAAUUUUGGCCCCGGACCGCCGACUACUUGCUGGACUGUGUUCAGGAUGCGAUGGGAGAAGUUGCAAAAAGACAUGUGGAGCAGAACGAACGAAAAGAAUCGCCAUCUGACGUCAGCGCUGGGAAAUUCUGUCAGCCUGGUCACGUUCCAUCCUCUCCAGUAUCAGGAAUCAAGGGUCGUAUCACUUACUGUGAGCCAACAUUAAGAGUUCAAAGCCAGACAAUCUGGCCUAGCCAAUCGCCGCAAAAGGUCAAGUUUGAUAUCGACAGUGUGUAUGAGCCGCUCCUCCCGACAGAAGAUUCCUGCUGGCUUCCGCUCUUCGACGAUGCAGUAAUUGCACGCAGUUUUCCAAUUCCCGAAAGGGGAGAGGAAAUGGGCCUCGAGCUAGGCCUGGACCUCAUGGCUGCAAUAUGUGGUGUCCGACACGCCGUGGAGUAUGAGAACUCGGUGGUGCUCAAGGGAUUCUCGACCAUGCUGGUACCUGUAGGCAAGACUGCAGACCGAGUACAGUGGCAUCUGGCUCGUAACGAGAAUGCAGAUGAGCCGAUCUCGUACAAGACAGGCAUCGCUCAAUGCAAAGGCAGAGUCGGUUUAGAUCAGCUGGACGUCCUCUCUUUGCCGAACACGCGUGCGAUCGUCGGCUGGUGCAGCUCCGCUGAGACAAGCCUAGGCAAUCCGGACUAUGACUACGCAAACAUUGAUUACUCCAAGGCCAAGGCGGCACGACUUGAGCCACGCUUGGAGGGGGGAAGCUUUGGGUUUCAGCAUUUCGGUAUGGCCAAGUUCGAUUUCAGGCUUGGCCGCAGGGACAUCAAGUUUCAUUACCUCCGCGAAGGGCCAUUUCGAAGUAUUGUCUCAGCUGCUGAAAGGACACCCGUCGCGCUGUACGAUACCACGGAACGGCGUGGGUGGCUGGUGCCUGCGACUGCUCUGCUGCUACACAUUGCCCAGCAUCGACACUUCCUUGAACCUUUUGUUGCCAGCGGUGGCCUCCCCAUGAAGUUGCCCAUGAAAAAUACAACAAAGGAAACGCUCCUGGCGAAUCGUCAGCUACCACUGUCAGAUGACGAGUCAUACGCCUUCCAGGACUUGAUUAAUGACAUAUGGUCGAUGCUGGAGUUUCUCAUUGCCCGAGCAGCCGAUCAGCGUUGUGUGCCAGGCAAGCCACUGAGCAUGCACACCAGUAGACGAUUGGGUGGGUUUGAGUACAAGGCAAUAGUGCAGCAGCGGUCUCCCAUCUCUCCCAAGGAGUGCUCUCUAGGGGGCACCGCUGGAGGGUGGCUGUCACUGGUGGAGGACAUCGACGCCCUCGUUCUCUUCGCCAGCGGGUUCGGCAAUGUGAUCCAUCCAAGAGAUCCUGACCGAGAAGUCAUUUGCCGCGAGUGGAGGUCUCUCCCUUGUUACAAGGACUACUUGGCCACCUCGGUCAGCACGUUGCUGGACUUGUACGACGCAGCCGGGUGCCGACUUGACCGAGAGUUUCUCAGUCCGAGCCGCCUGCGCUGGCACCGCGGCACGGCCUCACUCUUCGAGCCUUGUCUGACGCCUAGAGAAUUCCAGUGCAGCUGCAGCCGUUUACAGCACAUCGUGACGCAUUCCAGAGGCCAGGUCGUUGGUCCAGGGAUGCUGGAAGAGGAGGGGGCCGUCAUUUUCGGGGCUACCGGCUCCGCUCCAGAUGACGGAUGGCGGUCAGCAAAGGCCGAGUCAGGGCAACUCUACAGCCAGCCCAAUCUGCCGCUCCAUGGAAACGAGGAGUUGCAGUGUCUGGAGGGGCCAUCAUGCGACUCCGGUGUGGACCAGCAGGAGCCUUAUCCAGCAGGGUGUUCCACAUGCAGGGAGAAAGUGACGCUUCCAGUGCGCGUGGAGUCAAGUAAUUCACGGAAUAGGACUAAGCAAGUGUUCGAGAAGGCCGAUACGCGGUUCUACGAUAAAGUUCUUGCUAUGCCGGAAGAGCUGUUGGACGGCGGUGUGCCUACGGCCCAGUUGGGGAUGAGGCGAUGA